AUGGCUUUACACACUCGAUUGUUUGUUGGUAAUAUCCCAGAAAAUUUAAAUGAUUUUGUCCUCCACGAAAAUUUUUCAAAAUAUGGUCAAGUUGUAAAUUUAGAAAUAAAAAAUAAACCUGGGUCUGAAAAUGAUAACAAACGUUUUGCAUUUGUAACUUUGGCUGCUUCCAACUAUGAUGUUGAAACAUGUAUAAAGGACUUCUCAAGUACAGAUUUUGAUGGUCAUAGGUUAUACGUAACUCGAGCUCGAGAAAGUUUCUUGGAAAGACUACAGAGAGAGCGUGAACAAGCUAGCAAAAAAGAUGACGAAAAAAUUGUACAGAAUAAGAACGGAGAAACUGGUAUGAAAGAAAAUCCCAUCAUUAAUUUAAAUGUCAAACUUAAUCCACCAAAAAGGAUUGAUUAUUACAAUACAAACACAACAACACAAAAGAAUGAUAAGAAAAAGAGACCUGAUUUUCAGCAACGAGAUGGUUUAUUUUAUGAAAACAGCGAAGCUUGUGCAAAGAAUGAUAAGAAACAAGACUCAGAGAUAAAGAGAUUAGAAUCAUUAAAACGAAAACGACAAGAAUUCAAAGAAAAGAAGUCUAUUAUCAAAUCAGGAUUAAUUGGUGUUGAUAAUGUUCAAAAUAAAAAGGUUAUCUUUUCUGAUAAUGAUUUUGAGAAUGAAGAAUUAUAUCCGAGUAAUUAUGAAAGUGUUGUGGAAAAACAAAGUCAUGGUCAAAGACAAUCUUUAUUUGAUGAAGAAGAAUCUGAUACAGAAGUAAAUUUUGAUAUAAAGAAACAAUUUGAAGGCAAAAAGGGUCAGAAGGUUUUAGAGUUACAAUCACGAUACAAAUCUGACAAACGUUUUGUAUUAGAUGAAAGGUUCAUCAAUGAUGAUAGGUCUGACCAUGAAUCAACAGUUAAUGAUAAUGAAGUAGUUGACUUAGAACGAACUGAUGAGAAAUCUAAGCAGCUAAAUAUUUUGCAAGACGUUCUAGGAGUUACUAUUAAAAGAAAUAAUUUUGACUCUACUCAGAAGUCUAAAAUUAAAAUGGGUAUGUUACGAUUUGAUCCAAUGCAUCCAAAUCAUGCUAAGUUCUUAGCACCUGCCACUUCACCAGAUCAGGCUAAAAAAUCUAAAAAGAAGAAAUCUAAAGAAAAUCAAGAAGAGAUACAACCAGAAGGUGUUAUAGAAAAGGUAGAGGUAUCAAAGGAACAGUUUUAUAAAGUUAGCGAUACUUUAAAAGAAGCAAUGAUUGAACCUAGUUCCUUUAGUUUACGGAACUUAUUUGCAAAAGAAAGUAAUGAAAAAGAAUCGGAAGAGCGAAAUUCGGAUUAUGUAUCUUUACCCAAUGAAAAAGUAAGGAAAUCAAAAAACCCUCUUGACACAAGUGAAAAAAAUCCCUUUGUAUAUGAUUCUUCUGAUUCAGAAUGUGAUGAAAAUAAAACAGAAAACAAUGUGCCUCAAGAAAAACCAGAAGUUAAAGCUGUUUGGAGGGAAAAUUUAUUUUUUUCAAGUAAUGAUUAUAGGCUCAAAGAAGGUUUGCUUUUUUUUAACAAAUGUGAAGAGGGACAAAAGGAGAGAAGGGGAUUGAAAUCUAUCAUGAAGAAGAGAAUAUACAAUAAAGAACGAAAGAAUCAGAUGUUUACAAAAAAAAUAGGGGGAAGAAAGAAGUCUAUGAAAAAGAGUAUAAGGAAAUAA